CCGCCGGGAGGCCGGAAGCACAUGGCGGCAGCCGGAGGAGCGGAGCAGAGCGGGGCCGGACGGGCCGAGGAGAGGAUGUCCAGCGACAUGGAGCGGCUGCUGAUCCAGUUCAAGGAUGAGGCGGGCGAGGCCCUGGGCUCCCCCUUCGACGUGCCGCUGGACAUCACCCCACAACGCCUGCAGCUCGUCUGCGACGCGCUCCUGCCCCACCAGGAGGAGCCGCCGCCCCUGGCCUUCUACGUGGACGACGCGGAGAUCGUGGCCUCUCUGGGGCAGACGCUGGCGGCGCGGCCGGUGGAGACGGAGAAGGUCCUGGACGUGGUCUACCAGCCGCAGGCCGCCUUCCGCGUGCGGGCCGUCACGCGCUGCACCGGCUCGCUGCCGGGCCACGCCGAAGCCGUCAUCUCCCUGGCCUUCAGCCCCACCGGAAAGUACCUGGCCAGCGGCUCCGGGGACACCACCGUGCGCUUCUGGGACCUGAACACCGAGACGCCCCUCUACACGGCGCGGGGCCACAGGCACUGGGUCCUCAGCGUCGCCUGGUCCCCGGACGGGAAGAAGCUCGCCUCGGGGUGCAAGAACGGCCAGAUAUUCCUGUGGGACCCGAGCACGGGCAGGCAGCUGGGCCGAGCGCUGGCCGGACACAGCAAGUGGAUCACGAGCCUGUGCUGGGAGCCGCUGCACUCGAACCCCGAGGCCCGCUACCUGGCCAGCGCCUCCAAGGACGGCAGCGUCCGCCUGUGGGACUCGUCCGCCGGGCGCUGUCACCGCAUCCUGACGGGCCACACGCAGGCGGUCACCUGCCUCCGCUGGGGCGGCGACGGGCUGCUCUACUCGGGCUCCCAAGACCGCACCGUCAAAGUCUGGAGGGCGCACGACGGCGUCCUGUGCCGGACCCUGCAGGGCCACGCGCACUGGGUGAACACCCUGGCCCUCAGCACCGACUACGUCCUGCGCACGGCCGCCUUCGAGCCCGCCGACGCCUCCGUCCACCCCCGGGACCCGGGCGGCACCCUGCAGGAGUUGAAGCAGAAAGCCCUGGACCGCUACAACCUCGUGCGGGGCCAGGGUCCCGAGCGGCUGGUGUCCGGCUCGGACGACUUCACGCUGUACCUGUGGCUGCCGGGCGAGGACAAGAAGGCCCGGGCCCGGCUGACGGGUCACCAGGCGCUCGUCAACCAGGUGGUCUUCUCCCCCGACACCCGGCUGCUCGCCAGCGCGUCCUUCGACAAGUCCGUCAAGCUCUGGGACGGCCGCACGGGCCGGUACCUGACGUCCCUGCGGGGCCACGUGGCGGCCGUGUACCAGGUGGCCUGGUCGGCCGACAGCCGGCUGCUGGUCAGCGGCAGCGGCGACAGCACGCUCAAGGUCUGGGACGUGAAGGCCGGGAAGCUGAGCGCGGACCUCCCCGGACACGCCGACGAGGUGUUCGCCGUCGACUGGAGCCCCGACGGCCAGAGGGUGGCGAGCGGCGGGAAGGACAAGUGCCUGCGGAUAUGGAGGAGGUGACCCCCCCUUCCGGCGGCCUCCGCUCGCCCUCGCCCCCGGUAGAGACCGGGCGGGACGGACCCCGGCCGGGACCCCCCCC